AUGUCUGGCGAGGAAAUCCCCGACUGGGCACCACAAGAUGACCCAUCAUGCGCAUUCGCACUCGAUGUUGCCACUGCAGAGUCCGCAGCGGAGGAGGCCGUCGAGUCCAUCAUCCACGAGGGCGGCCGGCUCAUCUACGCCCACUACCUGCAGCGGAAGGCCUUCCCCUUCGCCGCCUCGGCCAUAUGUGACGUGUUGCUGUCGCACGUGGACAUGUGCUUCGUGCGGAUGGACGAGGGCGAGAGAGGCAGGGCAGAGCAGUGGGCGCUCGAGGCCGAGCCGAAGAGGCCGCCCAUCGACACCUGGGCGAGGGGGGCUGUGGAAGUGAGACGGAGGGAAGGCAAGGCGCCGAAAGCAAUUGGAGCGACACAAGACGAAACCACCACGCCUUCAUCCACAAGGUGAGGCGAAACACAUGACGCCAUCACAUCCACGAAUGAGCCUCCCUCCUUGCCUGUCUGUCUGUGUCCAUACAUUUUGCAGGAGCCCCAAGGGCCGGAGGGACAUGCGGGAGAGGGAGAAAGAUGAAGAGGUUCUGGAGACGGAGGAGAAACCGCCUCCACCCGUCACCAUGCCCAUCGAGUGGAGGCCUGGCGCAGGGGUGGAUGGCUGGGUGCGGGGCCGAGACAGCGAAGAAGACGCCCUGAGGGACAUGAAGGAGCGGGAGACCAGGCGGCGGAAGGAUGAGGAGGCCAGGCUCAAGAAGAAGAAGCAAGAGGACGAAGAGGAGCAAGCGCGGCUCGCCAAGCUCAAGGCGGAGCUCAAGCACAAGCCAUACACAUUCGACUCAGAUGGCAAUCUUAUUAUGGUGUCCCCCGUCAUGUCUCCCGAGAGACUGCCGCCGCAGAACGUGGCCGUCAACUACAGAUGGAGGGCCACAGGUGGGUGUCUCCGCCGUACUCCAAAUGAAGUGGGCUGGCUGCACUUGCCUGACUCUCCUUCUCUGUGUUCAUUCAGAGGGCGGUGAUGGUGCCAAGGAGGCGAAGGCGAAGAAGAAUCCCGAUCGGCGAACAGUGGGCAGAGAAGAAGAGAGAAAGGCAGCGGGGGAUGAGGAGGCCGUUCUAGUGCGAAAGUCCAAGAGCCGUCAGCCACCUGCGAUCGAGACAAUGCAGGUGGCCCCUGGGGUCGCUCUGAGCGAGGGGGGCCGCAUGAAAAAGGGUCAAGGCGACAGACAGCACUCACACGAGGCAGACAGACACCUAUGGGAUGGGCAAAUAUCCUCUGGACGCACUUAUAUGUGUGCACCUCUGCAGGUCCCGAGCCUUCCCCGGACCCCCGGCAUCUAAGCCGGAAGGAUUAUGAGCGUCUGGUUGAGUCCUUCGCUAAUAUGUCGAGUUCUCUGCUGCCGUCCUCUUUCCAGCCCAUCGCGUCUGUGGCAUCGCCGCUGAUGGAGUCUAUCGCGGAGGAACAGGUGCCGGUGGGAAUGGAGAGCUGGCAGGAGACCGCUGCUGAGAGCGCGUCGCCGGUCAGAAGAGAAAUCAAUCAGGGCACCCACAUGCACAGUAUGUCAUUGCCUCCCCAUCUUGUAGACUGCGAGUGUGCGGAUUGCUGAGCCGGCUCCAGAGGGGGCGGCGGAGGUGAGAAAUCCGGGAAUCCAAGAUGCGGUUGGCAUCAACUGUCGUGUGCCGGUGUGCCUGGCAGGCAACAGUGGCUGCAGCACAGGCCGCCUCCACUCUUGACCGUUUCAACGCAGCCAUAGUCAAUGCCAAAGACUGGGGAGUGAACCCACCAGCAAAGGGUGCGACAUCCAAAGGAAUGUGUGACGUACGCCACGCGUCUCGCUUCUGACAUGUGUGGGUGCAGGCAGCAAGAAGACUCAGCCUUCUGUUCCGACAGACCUCAGCAACACCCAAUUUGUCAAACUGAAAAAAGAUGGUCAGUAAGCGUUCGGGGAGAGAUGGGACUGAGGCGCGGCGCAGACGGCUGUGUUGGUUGAUGUGAUGCAUGACAGCCUUGGGAGACAUCAAACGAAGGCUCAGGGACCGGUACGAGUGUACAAAAACGCAACGCACAGUGCACCCGGCAACUAGACACACACACACACACACACACAGAGAGAGAGAGAGAGAGAGAAUGCUGGCUGCCUCUCUGUGUGGUCAGUUCCAAUGAACACUCUGGCCCCUUCAAGCACCAGCCCCCGCCUCCCCCCGGCGCGGCCAGGUCCCACCCCACUGUCGCAGAGAUGCAGGAGAGGUUCUUCCUCCCACACAUCGGUGGCCAGCCAGGGGAGGAGACGGCACACACUUCAGUACGCAGCGCGGCGCCCUCACCCGAUCUGGGGCUGCCAAUUGGGGGCGAAGGAGCGAGGAUGUCGCCGCCGAUGGUCGCUGGGAGAGGCAAGGGGUGAGACAGCAAGCGCAUAUCCCCCUGCUGCCAGGCCUCCUUAUAAGUGUUUGGUUUGUUUGUCUGUGUAGGCGUGGUGGCAUCAAGACCAACAAUCCCGAGCUGGCAAGGCGGCUGCUUGCUGGCACAUCGCAGUGAAGUAGCAUAGCAUGGCCGGGACGGACGUGCGAUUGCAUUACACUGUCUUGUAAAAUGGACUCACUUGGACUUUGUAUGGUAUGUG